CCUGGCAGGGCCGGCACAGACUGGCACCACUAGCCAACAUGAGGACUGCGUGGCUCUGCGCCCUGAUGCUGCUCAUUCACUGCACCAACUGCGUCAUUGUGCAGGACGGAGAUUUCACCUUCAGUCUGGAGGAGGUUCUGAAGCUGAAGGAGGUUUUGGACCAGAAGUCGGUACCUGAGAGCCGAGUAAAGAGGGAAAUAUCCCAAUCUGCUGUGCAGCAAGCCUGUGCCAACCCCGAGCUGCCCCGAGCCUUCCUGCCCGUCUGUGCCAACCCCGAUGCCCAAGGGGUCUUCUACAGAUUAGAACGCAUUGCCUCGGAGCCGGAUGUGUGUGACGUUUGUGCCUUUGCUGCCUGCUCCGGAUGCUGAAGUCGCCCCGACAUAUUGCCCCCCCCAUGAUGGGUUCCGACACCACCUUUUGUUUUCUCCAAUCCUUAAAGAUUGAGCUGAUUGUACAGCCGGGGGGGGGCAGAGUGACCCCAAACCUCUGUGUGAGGGCGUGGCCCCAUCAUAUGGCAGAAUUAGCUCCUCCCUCCAGCUCACGGGGCGUUCCCCAGCACACUGGCGUCUGGUCACAUGACAGGAAUAUGUGCCAAUCAGUGACUGCCGAUCUCACUAGGACUAAUAAUGUAUAAAUAAAACUGUGUUUUAAAGGGUAAGUUGAUUAUUAUUGAUCAGUAAUUGAUCCCUUCAGUCUCAGCUGAAUAAAUACUAUUUUAUGAUAAGUAAAACAAUCUAAAAAUAAACCUUCAAAGUGUC